AUGAAGAGGAAUAACCUCUCUGUGGUGAAUAAAAUUGUCCAGUGUUCCCCGGCGCUAAAGCAGCCCAAACGUGGGCUCUGCUCUUCUCUCCACCAGACUCACAUGUGUGCUGCUGCUGUCGACUGGGGGGGUUUGCCUCACCAUGUGGUGUUGCAGAUUUUUCAGUAUCUUCCUUUAAUAGAUCGAGCCCGAGCAUCUUCUGUGUGUAGGCGAUGGAAUGAGGUCUUUCAUAUUCCUGACCUUUGGAGGAAGUUUGAGUUUGAACUGAACCAAUCAGCAACUUCGUAUUUUAAGUCCACUCAUCCUGAUCUCAUCCAGCAGAUCAUUAAGAAGCAUGCGGCCCAUCUCCAAUAUGUCAGCUUUAAGGUGGAUAGCAGCACUGAGUCAGCAGAAGCGGCCUGUGACAUCCUUUCUCAGCUGGUAAACUGUUCCAUCCAGACCCUGGGGCUCAUCUCAACAGCCAAGCCCAGUUUCAUGAAUGUGUCAAAGACUCAUUUUGUGUGGGCACUCACUGUUGUGUUUGUCAACUCAAAAUCAUUGUCAUCAAUUAAAAUUGAAGACACCCCAGUGGACGACCCUUCCCUGAAGAUUCUUGUGGCCAAUAAUAGUGAUACACUAAAACUCCUAAAAAUGAGCAGCUGUCCUCAUGUGUCAUCUGAUGGAAUUCUGUGUGUCGCUGACCAUUGUCAAGGUCUUAGAGAACUGGCAUUGAAUUAUUACAUCCUCAGUGAUGAACUGCUCUUAGCACUUUCCAGAGAGACCCAUGUUAAUCUUGAGCAUCUUCGAAUUGAUGUUGUAAGUGAAAAUCCUGGACAUAUUGAAUUUCAUUCUAUUAAAAAACACAGUUGGGACGCACUUAUUAAACACUCCCCUGGAGUUAACAUUGUUAUGUACUUCUUUUUAUACGAAGAAGAAUUUGACACCUUCUUCAAAGAAGAAACCCCCGUGACUCACCUUUAUUUUGGUCGUUCAGUAAGCAAAGCGAUUCUGGGCCGCAUAGGUCUUAACUGCCCACGACUGAUUGAGUUAGUGGUGUGUGCAAAUGGUCUUCAGCCUCUCGAUAAGGAACUUACUUGCAUUGCUGAACACUGUAAAAACUUAUCAGCCUUGGGUCUCAGUGAAUGUGAAGUUAGCUGCAGUGCAUUCGUUGAAUUUGUAAGACUCUGUGGGAGAAGGCUGACCCAGCUGUCUGUCAUGGAGGAAGUUCUGGUUCCUGAUGGUAAAUAUAGUCCAGAUGAGGUUCACACUGAAGUCUCUAAAUACCUGGGAAGAGUAUGGUCCCCUGACGUGAUGCCUGUCUGGUAA